GGUCACGUCUCUCAGUCAGGUGCCAGCAGUUGAAGUAGUGGUUAGUACGGACACUCAUUGACCGCGGCAGUUAAUGGUCAAUUCUUUCGUUUUGAUUAAAAUUAUAAAGACUAUUUAAUUGCGGUGGUUUAGAAAGUGAAAAUGAAGUGUUCGGACAUACUUUUGUUUGUUACUAUAUUAGGCGGGACUUGGCAGAUAGGUCGACCGACAUGUGUUUUGGAAUCAGAUUUUGGAUUUACCCUCAACUGUGGUUUUAAGAAAUCUGGGCUGUUUCGAGUUAGAAAUCUUGGUGGCGUGAAAGCUCACAUAGGCCUGGGGUUUAGUGUGGGAGAUGAGCUGGGAUUCAAAGAGUCCUUGACAAACUCUGAAUCCUCCAAGAGACGAUCAGCAUCAGUAUCCAAACUCACUGCCCAGUUAAUCCAAGCGCAACAAGCACAGCAAGAAGCAAAGAAAAGGAACAUGAUGUCACAGUCUGGAAACAUCGUUCCAGCAGAUUCAAGAAUAGGAGUAGGAUCUGUGGAAGUAGUAACCCCGUUGGCGAUGGGUGAGGUAUCAAAAUCGAAGAAAUCAUCUAUAGUAGUGCCGCCUUUUAGACCGAUUCCACCUGCCGAGGAAAGAUUUUCGGGCAACAAAGCACCAACAGCUGUUCAAGGUUCUUACUCCAACCCUUCUGGUACAGAGCUAAUGGCUGUGAUAGCUGUGCCAAAAAAGGACAUUCAGAUGCAUGCUCAAAAGAAAAACAGUAACGACAACUUCGCAGUAAGGAUACUUCCUACAUCUGCUACUUCACAUAAUGAGAUUAUACCGCAAAUGAACUCCAUAGCGUCACCAACAAACCAGAUGUUUCUACACAACGAUACCUUUUUCGAUGAGAAUGACGAUAUGGAAAUUCAACAACCAGUGCAGCUACCGGUAAAGCCAAAACCGUCUCCAACAACUCCAAGAUAUUCAAAUAAGUAUGCCAAUAGCGUCGGGAAGGUUAUGAAUGCGCCGAAGGAAUAUUAUCCUGUAGGAUAUGAUAAGAAUUUUGAUGACAACUUUGCCUCCAGGGUAGAGCUACCAGAAACUUCGUUUUACUGUGGAGACCAAAAACAUUUUCCAGGACUCUACGCUGAUGAAGACCUGGGAUGCAUGGUGUUCCACGUUUGUGCUCUAACCGAUGACGGAUUGAUCAUGAAGAGUUUUCUAUGUCCGGAAUCAACCUUGUUUGACCAAACAAUUCUUAAGUGUAAUUGGUGGUUUUACGUAGAUUGCAAGAAUUCCAAGAAACUGUACGAUUCCAAUAUUCCCAUAUCAAAAAGCUAUCAGUUGAUGAAAGCACUAACAUUCUUUUCAGCGUAUAAGAACGACAAUAAAAACAAAACCAAUGAUAAAGACUGAUAAUUUGUAGAUUUUAGAUUUUUAAUAAUUUGUACAAGGAGUUAUACCUAUUAGAUACACAUAAAUAUUUUUUGUAAAUUAUCAUUUAAUCUGAUUUAUCCCUGUG